AUGAGCCAGACAGAGAUGUCCACCUGUUCCAUCCCUCAUACACAAAGGGUAUUUCAGGAGGCUGUAAGGAAAGGGAACACCAAGGAGCUCCAGUCCCUUCUACAGAACAUGACCAACUGUGAGUUUAAUGUCAACUCCUUUGGACCUGAGGGUCAGACUGCCCUCCACCAGUCUGUCAUUGAUGGGAACCUGGAGCUGGUGAAACUUCUGGUCAAGUUUGGUGCAGACAUCAGGUUGGCCAACAGGGAUGGAUGGAGUGCCCUACACAUAGCAGCCUAUGGAGGCCACCAAGACAUUGUCCUCUACCUUAUCACCAAGGCCAAAUACUCCUCCAGCAGUCGGUAA